CGCCAGUCAAGAAGAAGAACCAAACGUCUAAAAUUUUGCUUGUAAUUGCUGUCUUGUUGGAAGGCUCCCGACUAACAUAAUUCAAAAUGCCAGACCAUUUAGGUGAUGAUAUGCGUCGGGUUAAGGCCGAAGAGAAGGAAGAAAAAGAGAUUAAAGCUUUGGAUGAAGGCGAUAUUGAACUGUUAAAAACAUAUGGACAAAGCCAAUAUCAUAAGGCCAUCAAAACGAUCGAAGAAGAUAUUCAAAAAGCAAUAAAACAAGUGAAUGAACUUACUGGAAUUAAAGAAAGCGACACAGGUCUUGCGCCUCCAGCGCUAUGGGAUUUAGCCGCAGACAAGCAAACGUUGCAGAACGAGCAGCCUCUCCAGGUUGCGCGUUGCACAAAAAUCAUAAACGCCGACUCGGAUGACCCGAAAUACAUUAUUAACGUGAAGCAGUUUGCAAAGUUCGUGGUUGACUUGGCAGAUUCUGUCGCACCGACUGAUAUUGAAGAAGGAAUGCGUGUGGGCGUUGAUCGCAACAAGUAUCAAAUCCAUAUUCCAUUACCACCUAAAAUCGAUCCAACAGUAACAAUGAUGCAGGUGGAAGACAAACCGGACGUCACCUACAGCGAUGUUGGUGGUUGCAAGGAACAAAUCGAGAAACUGCGGGAAGUCGUCGAGACCCCACUUUUACAUCCUGAAAAAUUCGUCAAUUUGGGUAUUGAACCGCCAAAGGGUGUUUUACUGUUUGGUCCUCCUGGAACGGGUAAGACGUUGUGCGCUCGAGCGGUUGCUAACCGAACAGAUGCAUGCUUUAUUCGAGUUAUUGGCUCUGAAUUAGUCCAAAAAUAUGUCGGCGAGGGUGCUAGGAUGGUUCGUGAACUGUUCGAAAUGGCCCGAUCGAAAAAGGCUUGUUUAAUCUUCUUCGAUGAAAUUGAUGCGAUUGGCGGUGCUCGAUUUGAUGACGGUGCUGGUGGCGAUAACGAAGUGCAGAGAACAAUGUUGGAGCUCAUCAAUCAGCUGGACGGCUUCGAUCCAAGAGGAAAUAUCAAGGUACUCAUGGCAACGAAUCGUCCUGAUACUUUGGACCCUGCUCUUAUGCGGCCAGGUCGUCUUGAUCGGAAAGUCGAGUUUGGUCUUCCGGAUUUAGAAGGCCGCACUCACAUCUUUAAAAUCCAUGCUCGCUCAAUGUCGGUAGAGCGAGAUAUACGUUUCGAAUUGCUUGCUCGUCUAUGUCCUAAUUCGACUGGAGCAGAAAUCAGAUCGGUUUGCACCGAAGCGGGAAUGUUUGCCAUUCGGGCACGUCGUAAGGUUGCUACAGAAAAAGACUUCCUGGAAGCUGUGAAUAAGGUCAUCAAGAGCUACGCUAAGUUCAGUGCUACGCCCAGAUAUAUGACUUACAAUUAAUUGAACGAUUUUCAUCUUGCUUAAUUCAUAUUUUCUAUGUAUUCGUAAUUAAAUAAAUGAUUUAUAGAGUAAGGCGGCAA